AGCCCUUAUUGCAAAAAGCCCAAGCCCACUCUGACAAGCACGACCACAUGGGUAUAAAAAUGCAGAAAACCCUAAAAAGAAACGCCACUGAGAGAUUGAAGCCGCUCCUCCUCGCCGAGCCUAAUUCAAAGCAGCAGCAGCAGCAACAAUCUAAUUGAUCUGAAAGAAUGGCGGCCUAUGCAGCAGUGAAGCCGGCGACGAAGCCAGGUUACGAAGAGACUCAGGAGUCGAUUCACAAGAUUAGAAUCACUCUCUCUUCCAAAAAUGUCAAGAAUCUCGAGAAAGUGUGUGCUGAUUUGGUUCGUGGAGCCAAGGACAAGACUUUGAGGGUCAAGGGACCAGUUAGAAUGCCGACCAAGGUUCUUAAAAUUACCACCAGGAAAUCUCCAUGUGGUGAAGGAACCAAUACAUGGGACAGAUUUGAGCUUCGUGUCCACAAACGUGUGAUCGACCUAUUCAGCUCCCCUGAUGUGGUGAAGCAGAUUACUUCCAUCACCAUUGAACCAGGUGUUGAGGUUGAGGUCACCAUUGCUGAUAACUAGAGGCCUUUAUUGAUUAUGUGUUUUGGGCUUUUUGUCUUAGAGCCUUUUUAAAGUACUCAGUUUUAUUUCAUUUGUGGAGCUGGAACAGAUUUGUUAGAAAAGUAACUGUAUUGUCAGUUUUCCUAAGUAUGCUUGCAAUUUGAUACAUGAAGUUUUAAGUAAA